AUGGAAGGAGGAGAGAACACGCGGCAGCUCCGGCCACAGACCGCCGUGAUCGAAGAAUGGCACGGAACUUCUUCGUCGAAGCUCACGAAGACCGCCACCGUCACAGUCUCUGGAAACUCCGUCAGAAAAUCCGCUCGGCGCUUCAGUCAUCUUUCUAGGAGAAUCCUCGACGCUUUUGUUCCCGAGGGAUUUCCUGGCAGUGUGACACCUGAUUACGUCCCUUUCCAAAUAUGGGACUCCCUGCAGGGCCUCUCGACUUACAUUAGAACAAUGCUUUCCACCCAGGCUCUUCUGAGUGCUAUUGGGGUCGGUGAAAAGUCUGCUACAGUUAUUGGGGCAACAUUUCAGUGGUUUCUGAGAGAUCUUACUGGCAUGCUUGGUGGUGUCUUAUUCACAUUUUACCAGGUAUUUUUUUCAGCUCCUCGGAUUUCGGUUCAUUUGGUUUUGAACUUUUCAGGCUUAAAUCCUAUAAACCGCCUCCUACUUUGCUUACAUAUAUCGUUUCAUGACAUGCCAACAAUCAAACUCCUUCCAUUUUCAGGGAUCAAACCUGGAUAG